CAAGGAGAAAAAAAAAAAACUGCACCAAGAACAAAUUGCAAAGUAAGUUUGUACUUUGUACUUUCUUUGCAGCAAGAAGAGCAAGAAGGGAGAUGUCCAUGAACGCGGACCUCGGCAAGCCGAGGGAGCUCACCGGGUUGCAGCAGAGGAGGGCUCUGUAUCAGCCGGAGCUGCCUCCAUGCCUUGAGUUUUUCAACCAACAUGUUCAGGGAAAGGCCAUCAGAGUGGAGUUUGGCGAUUCGACGACGACCAUCGACCCGACAUGCGCAAAUAUGGUUGUGCAGGAAUUUCCCAACACCUUUGGUCAGCCUCUGGUACAUUUCCUGAAGCCGAACAAGAUGGAUGCGCAAGCCAACGAUGAACAUCCACCAAUCAGGGUUGGUGUGGUGUUCUCUGGGAGGCAAUCGCCAGGGGGGCACAAUGUGAUAUGGGGCAUCUAUGAUGCUAUGAAAACUCAAAAUCUACAAAGUGUUUUGCUUGGAUUUAUUGGUGGCACAGAAGGCCUAUUUGCAAAUCAGACAUUGGAGAUCACAGAUGAUGUUCUUUCAGCAUAUAGAAACCAAGGUGGUUUUGAUUUUCUCGGCAGAACUGUUGAUCAAAUCCACACAACUGAGCAAGUGAAUGCUGCAAUGUCAACAUGCUGUGAUCUUGACUUGGAUGGCCUCGUCAUCAUUGGAGGGGUGACCUCCAAUUCAGAUGCUGCUCAGCUUGCAGAAACAUUUGCCAAUCACAACUGCAAGACAAAGGUUGUAGGCGUGCCUGUUUCAUUAAAUGGUGAUCUCAAGAAUCAGUUUGUUGAGACAACUGUUGGGUUUGAUACAGUGUGCAAGGUGAAUUCCCAGCUUAUAAGUAAUGUUUGCCUCGAUGCAAUCUCAGCUGGGAAGUACUACCAUUUUGUCCGUGUGAUGGGUUGGAAAGCAUCUCAUGUUGCCUUGGAGUGUGCACUUCAAUCACAACCAAAUAUGGUUAUUUUAGGGGAAGAAGUGGCAUUUUCCAAGCUCACUUUGAAGGAAAUUAUAAGCAAGAUAUGUGAUGGAGUGCAAGCAAGGGCAGCACAAGAGAAGUACCAUGGUGUAUUACUUAUUUCGGAGGGACUAAUCGAAAGCAUUCCAGAAAUGUUUGCACUUAUUCAGGAAAUUAAUAUUCUCCACAGCAAUAAAGUUCCUGAGAACAACAUUCCAUCUCAACUUUCUCCAUGGGCUACUGCCUUGUAUAAUUACUUGCCUCCUUUCAUAAGAAGAGAGUUGCUGCUACAUCAAGACUCCGAUAACUCAGCACAAUUGUCCCAGAUUGAUACUGAGCAACUCUUAGCUCAUUUAGUAGAAGCAGAAAUGAACAAGCGAAUGAAAGAGGGGAAAUACAUUGGAAGGAAAUUCAGCUCCGUUUGCCACUUUUUCGGGUAUCAAGCGCGAGGAUCCUUACCAUCAAACUUCGAUUGUGAUUACGCCUAUGUUCUUGGUCAUAUCUGCAUGCACAUACUAGCAGCUGGGCUGAAUGGUUACAUGGCUUUUGCAACAAAUCUGAAGGAACCAACAAACAAAUGGCGAUGCGCUGCCGUUCCUCUAACAGCAAUGAUGAGUGUGAAGAGGCACUCACGCAGUCCUGGAGCUGUUCCUACUGGAAAGCCAGUUAUCCAUCCUUCUCCAGUUGACCUGCAAGGGAAGGCUUAUGCGCUCCUGAGAGAGAAAGCCUCGAGCUUCCUAUUAGAUGAUUUCUACAGAACUCCAGGGGGCAUUCAAUUUGAUGGAUCUGGAACAAAUGUUAAGCCAAUCACACUGACUGUCGAAGACCAAGACUACCUGGGUGACAUUGAGCUACUGCAAGACUACUUGGAGAAGGUGAGGAACAUUGUGAAGCCCGGAUGCUCGAGGGAGAUCCUGAAGGCGGCGAUAAGCUCGAUGUCAUCAGUGAAGGAUGUGCUGAAGGUUAUGUCGGCUCCCUUCUAUGCAGAGCUCCCUCUGUUCAAUCUGAACUGAAAGUUACCUUCAUCAGACAAGAAAUUUUUGUCAGUUAGUCAUUGGGUUCAUCAUAUGACAUCAGUCCAUCUAGUAGAAUUGGAUCAGAAUCAUGAGUGAGUAGUGGUUACUGAUCUUAGGUAGGCUGUUUUGUUUGCUGUUCUGUUCUGUUUGUGAUAUGAACAGAACCCAGCUAUUCAUUUUUAUUUUGUUUUGAGGGGAAGAACCCUACCAUUCAUGUCAGUAAACACUGCACAGCCGUGCAUAUGACCAGCUAGUGGAUAUGAAUAAGUACAAAUUGCAGUGGCUUCCUAGCCAAUAAUCAUGACAUGUCAUUCCUACAUGUUAGCUGCUUUCAACAUCUGUAAAUUUGAUCCAACAAAGAGAGGGCUUAGCGAAACAAACUAUAAAAUGAUUUACAAUCAAA